AUGUCAGACCGAACGCGCCUGAAGCAUGGCACCAACCACAUCCAGAAGUAUCUGGUGAAAGCAUCGAUCGAGUCGACUGGACGCUUGUCUUCGAUAAAGAAGUGUUGUACGGACUCAGACACUCCAACCGACCAUAUGAAGAUCUCCGUCUUCUUGAGAUGCGGAGAGAUCAUCGCCAACGAUCUUCCUCAAGUUGCCCUCAUCUCGAACAGCGUCCUCCACCAUCUCAGGGAUGUCAUAUUGUUGAGGGACACCAAGAUCGCACUCAGGGCACCCCUGGCUGAAUCCGAUCCGAAGAUCAAGGAGAACCGCAGCAGGCACGUUGCAUUCAAUGCUGUCCUUAAAGACGUUCUCCGCAUGUUGACAGUCGCUCUUCGCCGACUUUCCCAGCGGCAAAACGAAUCAACCGUUUCUCCUGUGUCGAUUAAGUACGACUCAAAUUCAUUCCGUCAUCUAUAUAUCGAAGAGAUUGACGACGCGGUACGCGAAGCGCAGAACAAUAGCGGGAUUUUCUCCGAAUUGGAUCCUGCAGUACACGAUCUAGACAUAAAAGAGGAUGAUAUCGACCAACAAGACAUUGAGACUUUUCUGGGCCACAAUGUCUUGCUCCUUGGGAUACAACAAGAUGCUCUCGACAUAUGGGAAAAAUGCCAUGCGAGUGAGUUGUCGCCCGCUGCUAGCGGAGUCAUCACUGGUUUCGUAUACCAGUUAGUUCGGGCAGAAGUAUCGAAAAUCGAAGUUACUGAGCAGGUUCCACUCGUCCGUCUUCCUGGCUGUCCUGAUACUGGUAUCAUUGGUCUUCUCUACCUUCUAUACGAGAACUUCCACGGCCAGGCGCUGAGGAAGGGCGGCAACACAGUUCGACAAGCGUCAGCCCGAGAUAUUGCUGGGACUCUCUUCAUGCCAACUUUGGAGAGUUACCUCACUAUGUGGACUCUCAAAAACAACGCUGUGAGAAUAUACAUGUCAACGACAACUGACAUGCCUCCACUUCCGACACCUGACCCAUCCACUAAACUGCGAACGGUUGAACAAAUCGAGGCCUCAAACAACAUUCAACGAUAUGAAUGGCAGGCGUCAGGUGGCUUGUUUUUGGUGAAAUUUUGUAAGACCAUGGGUAUCAUGGAACGCAUCGAAGGCAGACAAUGCUAUAGCGUAACGGAUGCGCUGACACGUUCCCUGCCCAAGACCUUGCAAACCGAUAAGCCUGAGUUUUGGGAGGUGGUGUCUCUCGACUUACUGCUUCGAGUUAUACUGAAAUUGAACGAGAAUAACGAUUUCUUCCGCCAGGGUCAAGCGCUGCUUGAUGUCGCCGACCACGUUGAAUUGCAGAAGAAACAGUGGUUUGCUGGGAAACUCUAUAUACCCCUGCAGAUAUGCGUUGCCACCGACAUCAUCGACACCGUCGUGAGGAAAGACUCUCUCACAGAGAUAGGCAAGGAGUAUAACCACAAACCUCCACCACAGCUGAUGCUCCACUAUAACCCUACAUUGAACGGAUUUACAAGUCAAGCUAUCUUGCUGGAGCUUGGCGAUGCUGUAGGUGUGGCUGAAGUAGGCGAGCCAGCAGCAUUAAGUGUAGCAAUAUUCUAUAAGGCAAUCACAUCUCUUGGAUACUUGAAGAAUUCUUGGGCCUAG